GUUUUUAGGUUUGUGUCGUGAAAAAAACUCGGAAGCUGCAUGGCUGCGUUCGUUCCUUGGUGUUGGUGGAAUCUCUCUCUCUGACUAUGCUGUGUCUCUUUCCCAGGACCGCGCGAAACACGUAAAUCCCCUUCAAACACAACACAAAAACGCAGUGUUUCCACCAUCUCUAUCUCUAUCUCUAUAUAUACCCUCACAACCAAACAUCCCCAUUCCCUCUCUAACCCUAUCUAAUCUGUCUUCUCUUACAUUCCAUUCUCCACCACACAUUCAAUUUUAAACCUCUGGGCGUGGCUAGCUUCAACCUUUAACAUUAACAUGGCCAUUCCCUACCCCCAUUUCAUCGCCACCGAGAAAGCCGCCAUGGACGCCGGCCUCCUCCACCCCUCCUCCCCCUCCGUCAUCCUCACCCAAGACGAUUUGAAGAAAAUCGCCGCCUACAAGGCCGUCGAGUACGUGGAGUCCGGCAUGGUCCUCGGCCUAGGCACCGGCUCCACCGCCAAGCAUGCCGUCGACCGCAUCGGCGAGCUCCUCCGCCAGGGCAAGCUCAAGGACAUCGUCGGAAUCCCCACCUCCACAAAAACCCACGAACAAGCCCUCUCCCUCGGGAUCCCCCUCUCCGAUCUCGACGCCCACCCCGCCAUCGAUCUCGCCAUCGACGGCGCCGACGAGGUCGACCCCUUCCUCAACCUCGUCAAGGGCCGUGGCGGCUCCCUCCUCCGAGAAAAAAUGGUCGAAGGCGCAUGCAAGAAGUUCAUCGUCAUCGUUGAUGAGUCCAAGCUCGUAAACUAUUUGGGGGGUAGUGGGUUGGCCAUGCCCGUUGAGGUUAUUAAGUUCUGUUGGAGGUUCACCGCGGCGAGGUUGCAGAAGCUUUUUGAGGAGGCUGGGUGCGUUGCCAGGCUCAGAACUUUUGGGGAGAAGGAGAAGGAGGAGCCUUAUGUGACGGAUAAUGGGAACUUUAUUGUGGAUUUGUAUUUCGAGAGGAGUAUUGGGGAUUUGAAGGCUGCUAGUGAUGCUAUUUUGCAGCUUGCUGGGGUUGUGGAGCAUGGCAUGUUUCUUGAUAUGGCUACCACUGUUAUUGUUGCAGGGGAACUCGGGUUGACGGUCAAGAACAAGUAGUUGUUGUUGGUGGUUAGGAGAAUGAAGGUAGGUUAAUUGGCCAAGGUUGACAUGGGGUUUCUAAGUUCUAUCUAACCCAUUUGUAUGGUGUAGUAGUAAAAAAGGUUUUAAUCCAGGGGUAAAGGGGGAUUUUGAUUAAAUCCUUUUGUUAUUCAAUACAGUUGUUGGAGAAAGUUUAUAAGUUCUCCGGUAGUUUUGUUUUGUUUUUUUUAGGGGCGGGGGGAUUUAGUUUGAGCAAGCAGAAAGCAAAAUGGAGAGAUGAGUAUUAAUCUCAUGCAAUGACUGUUGUGUGGCGUUGAAUCGAUUGUCCGCACAAUUUGUUGUUCAUUUGACAGACAGUGUUUAACAUAUUGAAUCUAUCUAUCUAAUUCAAUUUUUCAUAGCCUUCCCCUUU